CUGCGGACUACGGCCGGCAAAGAAAGAUAUAGUACAGCCUUCAUUCAGCUCCGAUAUGGGAUUGGUCGGAAAAUGGGGGACGAUAGCGGCGGUGGUUGGGAUAGCGGUGAUGCUAAAGGUUCUGAGCAAGCAGUUCGGAUGGGAGGUCAACAAAGACGCUACUCUUGAUUGGUUCAAGCAAUUGUCUGAUCGGCUCGGUUACUGGGCGAUCCCGGUCUACGUCGGCCUUCACACGAUCACCCUCGCGCUGUGCCUUCCGUAUGCCAUCUUCUUCGAGGCCGGCGCAUCUAUCCUCUUCGGAUUCUUCCCUGCCGUCUUAUGCGUCUUUUCUGCCAAGCUCCUUGGCGCCUCUCUCUCUUUCUGGAUCGGCAGGAUUAUGUUCAAGAGAUCGACCUCUGCAAUGAACUGGACACACAGUAACAAAUACUUUAAAGUGCUUUCUAGGGGGCUUGAACGUGAUGGCUGGAGAUUUGUUCUUCUUGCCCGCUUCUCACCUAUACCCUCGUACAUUAUUAACUAUGCAUUAGCCGCCACAAGAGUUAGGUUUGUUUUGGACUUCCUUCUUCCAACUGCGGUUGGCUGCCUGCCUAUGAUCUUACAGAACACAUCCAUUGGAAGUCUUGCUGGUGCUGCUGUAGCUUCUGCAUCAGCUGGGUCCCAUAAAUCUCAGCUCAGGUCUUAUGUCUUUCCCAUUCUCGGCAUCUGCUCGAGCAUUCUGAUCUCCUUGAGGGUUAAAAAGUACUCCAAGGAUAUCGUUGCUGCUGAUGAUGCCAUGCCAAGUGAUGAUGGCAGGGAUGACAGUAAAUCUGUUAGGUCUAGUGUAGCCACAAGUAGCACUGUAGCAAGCGAAGUCACAAAGAGAGGCCAAAGAUGAGCCUUGUUGCUCUUCAUUAGGAUACUCAUUCCAUUUCCCUACCUUUUCUAUUUCAAACUAUGAAUUGCUGACUUGUUGUUGGUUAGUUGACUUAGUUCCAAAGAAUCAGUAGUUUUUAAGGUGUCGAGAAAAUUUGCACAACAGAGACCAGAUAUACAUUUUCAUUUUGCUUUCAGUCUUUCACUAAGAGAAAACUAUAUCAUGUAAUACAUUCAAGUAUUUUAUCAAUAUAGAGAUUUUUGUAAAUUGCAAUUUUA